AUGGCUGUUGAGACAGAAUAUUACGAAAUACUAGGAGUUGAAGUUGAUGCGACCGAGGCAGAACUUCGUAAGGCGUAUCGUAAGCAGGCAAUUAGGCUUCAUCCUGACAAGAAUGGAAAUGAUCCAAAGGCAGCGGAGAAGUUUCAAGAUUUAGGUGAGGCGUAUGGAGUUUUAUCUAAUGCUGAGUCUAGGAAAUUAUAUGAUCAAUAUGGUAAAGAAGGAAUGAAGAAUAAUGGCGGCGUGGGUGGACCUGAUGGUGAAGCUGAUAUCGAUCCUAGUGAAUUCUUUGAAAUGGUAUUUGGUGGUAGUGUUGCAUUCAGGGAUUGGAUUGGAAAAUUGGGAAUGAUGGACGAUUUGACAAAGAGUGCAGAAGUGUUGAGUAUGGAUGAUGAUGAAGAGGGGGAGGAAGGAGAGGCAGCAGCAACAACAACAACAACAACAGCAAACGAGACGGAAGAAUCAGGGGCACGAAACGAAUCUAGGGGAGGAAAAGAAAAAUUGCUGGGUCAUGGAGGAAGUGCAUCUACUAGUACUUCUCCAACUGAUGCUUCAGUAGAUACAUCUAUGCUGUCCUUGACACUUGCCGAUAAGAAUGACAGCGGAGUUCACAAGAACAAUACACGGAAACCUCUGGAAGAAUACAGAAAGAAGAGUACCAAACACAAGAUCACGAAGGAGCAAAGAGACGAGGUUAUGCGAAUUCAGGAGGAGAGCAGAGAAGCCAAGAUCAAACGAAUCAAUGAGUUGACAGAAAAAUUGCUUGGACGUAUUGAAGCUUAUCGAACUGCAUCUAUGAAUCCUGAUGGUAUUAGACAUUAUACUGAAAAGCUUAAGGUUGAGCUUGAUGAUAUGAAGGUGGAGAGUUUUGGAAUACAGCUCACACACCUUAUAGGUAAGAUUUACACCAACAAAGCCAAAGCUGCAAUCCAAGCCAGUAAGACAUUGGGUUUUAGCAAGAUUUACACGUCAGUCAAGUCAUCAGGAGAAACAAUGAGAAAUGGUAUUAGUAUUGUAAAGUCUGCACUUGAUACACAAGAGGCAAUGGAGAGGUUCCAAGCGGACCAAGAGGAAUUCCAAAUUAAAUUAGAACUUGGGUAUGAACCAACCCCUGAAGAACUUGGCGCUCAAAUUGAAAAGGAAAGAUAUGUUACGGGUAAGUUUUUGGCUACUGCAUGGACCUUGGUGAAAUUCGAAGUCACUGGCGUUUUGAAUAAAGUUUGCCAGAAUAUUCUUAAUGAAAAAGGAUUGGGGAGAAAAGAGCGUCUGGCUAGAGCACAUGCGCUUUUGUUUUUGGGUAAAGAGCUUUCGAGUGUUCAAAGAUCUGCCGAGGAAGAUGACGAGGCAAGAAUUUUUGAAGAAAUGAUGGCUGAUGCAAAGAUCAAAAAGGAUAAAAAGCAUGAAGCUGAGAAGUCAAAGCACCAUUUUUUUGUUAGGAACUAA